AUGACAGACAAAGCUGGAUCAGCUGUCAUGGCAGCGUCUCUUUCGAAGACGGCCCCCAACGAGGUCGACUGCAUCGACACUAACCUCCAAGCUCAGGCUGCAGAGGACAGCGAGCGACAUAUGACUGUUGGCCAAGGACUCAAGGUCUACUACAAGGCAGUUCUGUGGUCAGCAUUUCUUUCUUUGGCGGCUGUCAUGGAAGGCUACGACGCCCUUCUCCUUUCUUCACUUUUUGGGCAGCCUGCAUUCACCCAGGGUUUUGGCGAAAUCCAAUCGGAUGGUACCUAUGCCAUCAGUGCUGCUUGGCAGAGCGCCAUUCCCAAUGCUGUCAAGGUUGGCCAAUUCUUUGGUCUCUUCAUUGCAGGAUGGGCAACAGAUCGCUUUGGUUUUCGUAUGACAGUCAUCCCAACUUCUAUCAUUACGGCCGCCCUCGUCUUCGUUCAGUUUUUUGCUUCAACCAUACAGGUGCUGCUGGUUGCCCAACUGCUUUUCGGCUUUCCACUGGGUGCCUUUCUGACGAUGACUUCUGUAUAUGCAGCUGAGAUCUGCCCCAUGAUUCUCAGGCCGUACUUGACAAGCUGGGUUAACCUUUGCUGGACUAUCGGUAAACUUAUAUCUGCAGGCGUCCUGCGGGGCUUCGUCACGAACUCCUCCCAUUGGGCGUACAGAAUACCUUUUGCUACACAGUGGUUCUGGCCGCCAAUCCUUCUAUUUGGUUCACUUUUUGCUCCCGAGUCGCCAUGGUGGUUCGUACGUCAUGGGCGUCUUGAAGAGGCUCGCAGAUCACUUCGUCGUCUCCGCACACAAAAUGAUAACGCAGAAUCCAUCGAAUCAACUCUCACAAACAUGAUACUCGUCAACCAGCAUGAAAGAGAGCUAGAGCAGGGGACAUCAUACAUUGACUGUUUCAGAGGUUAUAAUCUUCGCCGUACCGAGAUUGCUUGUGUCACCUGGAUGAUACAGCCUCUUUGUGGCUUUGCUAUUGUUGGAUUUUCAACCUACUUUUUCCAGCAAGCCGGGCUCGAUGCAAGGAAUUCUUUCAGCCUCAGCUUGGGUCAGCAAGGAAUAGCUCUUCUCGGUGGUAUCAUCGCUUGGAAAUUGCUUACCCACUUUGGUCGAAGGACAUUAUUUCUAUGGGGUCUCGGAGGCAGCACCAUUUUUCAGCUGUCCAUCGGCUUUCUAGGCAUUCCGGAGCCUCGUGGAAGCGUAGCCUGGGCAACAGGCUCUAUGAUGAUGCUAUACAUGCUCGUGUAUGCUUGCACAAUCGGUCCCACCUGUUAUGUUGUCGUUACUGAGAUGGGGAGCACGCGACUACGAAACAAGACGACGGUGUUGGCUCGGAACUCAUAUCAAGUCGCCACGAUUAUCAACAACAUUCUGACGUCGUACAUGAUCAACCGCAAGGCGUGGAAUUGGAGGGGAAAGACCGGGUUCUUCUGGGGUGGUGUUAAUAUUCUGCUUUGGGCAUACUGCUUCCUCAGGCUUCCCGAGACCAAGGGUAGAACCUUUGCUGAGAUCGAUGCCUUGUUUGAAGCCAAUAUCUCAGCCCGUAAGUUCAGGACAUAUGAGGUGCAGCCAUUUGUAGCCGCGCAGGAUACGACUGCUACAAUGAGGUAUUCUCAACAAUCUUAG